AUGGAUCCAAAAGAGAAGAAACAAAAGCUUGACACAUCAGAAAUCGCAAGUCCCUCUCUCUCAAAGACGCAGCAUCUAAAGGUGAAGAAGAAGAAGACGAAGAAGCAAAAAAAUCAGAAAAUCACAAGUCCCUCUCUCGAUCUGUCAAAGAAUCAAGAUUUGGUAAUCGCAAGUCCCUCUCUCGAUCUGUCAAAGAAUCAAGAUUUGGUAAUCGCAAGUCCUUCUCUAUCAAAGAUUGAUGUGGGAGAAGCGAUGAAGAAGCAAAACGAUGUCGCUAUAUUCCUUGCCGAGAAAGUAAUCUCUGCCGUAGCCAAAAACUCUAAUUUCGUCUUCUCUCCUGCAUCAAUCAACGCCGUACUCACCAUGGUUGCUGCUAGCUGUGGUGAAGAAGGUGAAGAACUAAGAUCCUUCAUCCUCUCCUUCCUUAGGUCUUCCUCAACGGAUGAACUUAACGCAGUUUUCCACAAAAUUGCUUCCGUUGUACUCGCUGACGGAAGCAAACAAGGCGGCCCCAAGAUCGCUGCGGUUAAUGGAGUUUGGAUUGAUCAAUCUCUACCUGUUAGUCCUUUGUUGAAAGAUCUCUUUGAGAAUUUCUUCAAGGCUGAUUUGGCUCAAGUUGAUUUCCGAUCCAAGGUAAACAUAUCAAAUUCAAUGUUUUUUAUUUUGCUUAUAAUCUUUGGUUCCCCCUUCGGUUGUGGUUUUGUGACUAUGUGUUUUUAUUUUGUUGUGUUGAAGGCUGAAGAAGUGCGUAUGGAGGUGAAUUCUUGGGCAUCAAGUCACACUAAUGAUCUCAUCAAAGACCUUCUUCCUCGUGGAUCAGUAACAAGCCUAACCGACUGUGUUUAUGGUAACGCAUUGUACUUUAAAGGAGCCUGGGCAGAUAAAUUCCAAAAGUCAAUGACGAAACGCAAACCUUUUUACCUUCUCAAUGGAACAUCAGUGUCUGUGCCAUUCAUGAGAAGCUCUAGUAAACAAUACAUUGAGGCUUAUGAUGGUUUCAAGGUCCUCAGCCUUCCUUAUCGAGCAGGCUGUGGUGACCGCGACUUCUCAAUGUAUUUCUAUCUCCCGGACGACAAGAAAGGUGGAUUGGAUAAUCUUUUGAAGAAAAUGACAUCUACUCCUGAAUUCUUGGAUAGUCACAUUCCCGAAAGCAAAGUUAAUGUUGGUAAAUUUAGAAUCCCAAAGUUUAAGAUCGAAUUCGGGUUUGAAGCUUCAAGUAUUUUCAAUGACUUUGAGCUUGAUGUGUCAUUGUACCAAAAAUCAUUGAUUGAAAUCGAUGAAGAAGGCACUGAAGCUACUACUUUUACUCGUGGUGGACUCCGUGGCUGCUGUAUCCUGAAGAAGACGUUGGAUUUUGUAGCCGAUCAUCCAUUUUUUUUCUUGAUUAGAGAAGACCAAACCGGAACUGUUUUGUUCGCUGGUCAAAUCUUCGAUCCUUCCAAGUCUUCUUCUUCUGCUUAGGACCAGGCUUUACCGGAUCAGAUUCUGCUAUUCUAAGAUUUGGUUCUUUCUCUAGUUUUU